AUGGGCGACGAUGAGACAGAAAUCAAAGUCCAUCCCGACUGGAAAGAUGAAUUCACCAAUCCCAACGGCGACACUGAGCUCAUUGCGACCACUGUGACGCUUAUCAGCAGCGAUGAGGUCCAUUUCCAUGUACCCAGAUAUUUACUCAUGGCCAGCAGUCCCGUGUUAAAAAAUAUGCUCUCCCUUCCCGCCGGCAAUGAACCCCAGAACGUCGAACUUUCCGACCGUUUUCUCGAAAACUCUUCGCCGAUUGCGUUCUAUCUUUCCUUGCUGGCUGGAGAGAAUGGGAAGACCACUUUGGAAAACAAACAUCAAGGGAAUAUUGUCAAAACAAGUCACGCUGCUAUACUCUUGGCGGCCAAAUGGGAGUCAGUGCUGGUCUUGAGCGGCAUUGAGGCCGCAUUGGCGUCUUUCAACAUUCCUUCCACUCUCAAGGGACAUAAGGAGGUCCGAGCUUUGGACAUGUUUCUUCUGGCUUCCAAAGGAGACAUGACUAGCAUCGCAGCGGCGGUCAUACAGACGUACAAUCCUCAGGUCGGAGACGGACAGCCCCAACCCAGCUAUUGGGGGCAUCAUCUGAGUCGAGCUCAUGAUGGCCAAAUAUUGAGACUGGAUACUUUGAAUUCUGACAUUUGGGCUGAGCUAGAGACCGACUACAGUCACUGA